AUGUCUCUCCGCGCCGCGAACAUGACAGACUUCCAGCACAUUCUUCGUGUGCUGAACACCAACGUAGAUGGCCGAGAGAAAGUGGUGAUUGCCCUCACCGCCAUCCGCGGCAUUGGACGGCGUAUCAGUUCUCUCAUCUGCAAGAAGGCAGACAUCGACACCGACAAGAGGGCUGGUGAACUUACAGCUCACGAAAUCAGCAAGAUCGUUGCUAUCGUCGCGAGUCCCACGCAGUUUAGCAUUCCUUCCUGGUUUCUCAACAGGCAAAAGGACGUGAAGGACGGCAAGUCGCGCCAUGUGUCUGCCAACAAUCUUGACUCUGUUUGGCGUGAGGACUUUGAGCGCCUAAAGAAGAUGCGUCUCCACAGGGGGUUGAGGCACUACUGGGGUCUUAAGGUGAGGGGUCAGCAUACCAAGACAACCGGCAGACACGGCAGAACCGUCGGUGUUGCGAAGAAAAAGUCGUAA